AUGACUUUCAGGGAAGUUAGGUUUGUCAUUUCAAUCUCUAUCUGGAACUUAGCUCAUUCUGCUGAAGAAAUUUUCACUGCACGUCAUAACCAGGAAGUAUUUGCUGAUCUUAUGAAAGCUUCAAGCUCAGAAAGAAGUAUGGAGGAAGAAGGAAAUCAUGAUGGUUCAGCGAUGAAUCCAUUGGAGAGGGACGAGGAGGAAGAAGCUGAAAGUAAUCCUAAAACAAGUACUGCAAGCUCAAGCAACAGCAUAGUGGAUGAAGAGAGUGAUAAGAAGGAAAACCCUAGUGGGGUUCGACCCUAUAUCCGAUCUAAGGUCCCGAGGCUAAGGUGGACUCCCGAUCUUCAUUUUUGUUUCGUUAAAGCUGUGGAGAGACUUGGAGGGCAAGAGAGAGCAACACCUAAACUAGUUCUGCAACUAAUGAACGUCAAGGGCCUAAGCAUAGCUCAUGUCAAGAGCCACUUGCAGAUGUAUCGGAGCAAGAAGAUCGAUGAUCAGGGCCAAGUUAUAAAUGAUAGAGCAUAUCCAAUGGGAAGUACUGCAGAUCAUGAUGUCCACAGCCUUUGGCAACUUCCCAUGGUUGAUCAAAGAGUUAGAUCCAACUUCAGGUAUGGUGGUGUUUCUUGGACUAGUGGCUAUGGAAAUCAGAUCUCCAAAUCUUGCAUGACCGAUAACACGAAUAUUAGAAUGGGAGCUCGCUUUCAUGGUUCAGUACCAGUAACUGAGAGAAUCCAUGGAGGGAUUGGUGUCAACAGAAGGAAUAUUGGAGCUUUCUACAUGGAUAUUAAUGGUUCUACUUUCAGUACUACACAAAGAUGGAAGAGAACUCAUGAGACCGCGGAAGAAAUUAGGCUUUCAUAUGGCUGCAAAUACAAUCAGAUUCCCACCAGGUCAACCCUAAUGGAGCCCUCUUCGAGUACCACACAAUGGCUUCGAAUAGGAGAGGAAGCAAAAUGCUUCAAUAAUUCCAUCACUUCAGACACUAAUUGGAGCAUCAAUGGAGAAAAGCAAAACACGAGGAAGAGAAAAGCUCCAGACAAUGACCUUGAUCUGAAUCUGUCACUGAGCAUGAAGCCGGGACGAGAGGAAAUAAAGAGAACACCUUGGGAUGAGGAGGAAGUGAAUAGCAGUCUAUCUCUUUCAUUAUCUUCUUCUUCAAAGAGAAAAACCUAUUCUAUAGAUCUAAAUAAGCAAAUUAGGUUGAAUGUAGAAAAUAAUUCAGAGAAUCCCAGCUUGGCAAGUACCCUGGAUCUGACUAUGAAUUAG